AUGGACUGCUGCCGCAACCAUCUGGUGCUUACUUCUAGCACCACGGGCACUGAACACACUGGUUUUGGACUUGAGAAGGCGCUUUCUGUGCUUGCUCUUCUGCCUGAUGUUAAGGCUCAUAUGAGUUCUUUGAGCUUGCUCAAGCAUCUUAUGAUGUGGCAGUUUUGUGGCAUGCUCUUGAGCUUAUAUUGGUGGCUUGGAGAAGAUAGCACUCAGCUUGUCAAAGAUAUGCGUGAGACGCUUGCUAUGCAUGGCACGCAGGAAGUCUAUGACCGUUAUCCUCUGUGUGCUGAGCUGUUUCUUCGCAUUGCUGCUUUUGUCAAGCUCCGUUACCGCGCAGCGGCUGGGAAGUCAAAGACCGGUCUAGAAGCAGCUGGCAAUUCAGAGUUCCUACAGGAACUAUUAGAUGACUCCAUCGCGGAUCUCGCUCUCAUUCCCCCCUCAGCUCUUCCUUCUUUAGAUGGUACACCAUUGCCACUGUCAGAUUUGAUAGAGCUUACUUGUGAGCCUUUCGAGAGCACCACUGAGAUGUGCACAGUUCAUCUCCGCCUUUGCGAAUGCUUCCAAUCUACCAUCCAUGACCAUGUGAUGGGCUCUGGACUUCUACGAUUUCUGGAGACCUUGGAUGCUUGUACCAGCCAGCCCAAGCCACCCAAACGCUCGCGCAAGCAUCAGGCAGAAGCUUCUACACCAGCUAAUGCUGAGCAGCGGAUCAUGAUUCUGGGUUCCGUCCUUGAAGUCAUCUACUCUGUUGCCGGCAGCGAUACUAUCUUCUGCGCACCAGUCAUUGACAACAUCUUAUCUGACUAG